CAAAAAACUCCUUGUAUGAAUAUGAAUGAAAUAUUAAAAAGAAUAUACAUAUUACAUGAAACAAUGAAAGAUUUCUCUUCUUUAAGAAGAAAAAACUUCUUUUAUCAAUUAAAAUAAUUUAUAAAAUUAACAUCUGGACAUGGAAGAGUAUAUUUUCGGUAGAAAGAUGAAGUAAAUCAUGAAACUUUGAGAAUCUAUACAAAGUUCAUACUUCCUUCCUUACCAUUACGCUCCAUGCUCUUAUCAAAAUUGCGGGCUCCACACGUCUUUCUAAUCCACUUGAACGAAAAAAAUUAUAAUCCACAAAUUGCAUUAAAACAUGCAAGCACAUUGUUGUUAUUGUUAUACAUUAAAAUGAAGAAGAAGAAAAAAGAAAACAACAAAUUCUAUAAUGUCAACACAGGGGGACCUUUUCAACUUUAAAUCCUCAUGCUUGCAAAGCUGUAAUUCUUAUAUAUAUAUAUACUUAUAGGUCUGACUUCUGCAAAUUAAAAGAUUAAAAAAAAACCAAUGUCCAACAAUGAAAAAAGAAAGACAAACUAUAUAAAGCAAUCGAGAACUUGAAUUUUCAAAACGUCCAUUUCAAACCCAGAAAAGAAAGAAAGAGAGGUUACCUGAUAUUGGGAUUGAGAUGGCAACGUUUCGAUCUUUUUCUAUAGCAUUUUUGGUCUUUGUGAUUGUGUCUAAUCACAUUGUGGUUGAUGCAAAUGUUUCAAAGAACAUGGUCAUAAACUGGGGACAUAGUCAGUCCAAAAUAAUAGGGGAUAACCUUCAGCUUGUUUUGGACAACAGUACAGGCUCGGGAGCAAAGUCAAAGAGAAGUUUCUUAUUUGGAAGCUUUGAAGCUCGAAUCAAGUUGGUUCCAGGAAAUUCUGCGGGUGUUGUAACGGCAUAUUAUCUAUCUUCUACCGGUACAGCUCAUGACGAGAUAGACUAUGAGUUCCUGGGGAAUGUUACAGGACAGCCUUACACCAUUCAUACAAACAUAUUCGCUAAAGGUGUUGGAAACAGAGAACAGCAGUUUCGAGUGUGGUUCGAUCCUACUGCUGAUUUCCACAACUACACAAUUCACUGGAAUCCUAAUGCCGUUGUGUGGUAUAUUGAUGGCACCCCAAUCAGAGUUUUCCGCAACUACGAGAAACAAGGAAUAGCUUUCCCUAAUAAACAAGGAAUGAGAAUAUAUACCAGUUUGUGGAAUGCAGAUGAUUGGGCAACUCAAGGAGGUCGUGUGAAAACAAACUGGACUAACGCACCAUUCAUUGCUGGCUUGCGGCAAUUUAGGCCUAGAGCUUGUUACUGGAAUGGAGUGCCCAGCAUUACCCAAUGUGCCACCAAGUCCCUAGCAAAUUGGUGGAAUUCUCCAGCUUAUGCACGGCUAAGUCCUCCUCAGUUGGCCAAACUUAAUGAAAUCCAGAGAAAAUACAAGAUAUAUGAUUACUGCAAAGACACUAUGCGAUUCAAUGGGAAAAUGCCACCAGAAUGUUAUAAAGCACAGUACUAAGACAGGGAUGAGUAAAUUCUACCAACGAUAAUCCUAUCGCACUCCCAUGUUUUAAAAUUGUUAAUUUUUCUUCUUUCAGAGAUGAGAGAGCAUUUCUCCUUUUCUUUCUUGGUUACUGUUUGUAAGCUUAUAGCUUUCUGAUUGGUUUGAUAUACAUGUUUAUUAUGUUCUAAAAUGAUUUACAUGUUUCAUAUAAAGCUUGUUUCCCCAUUGCUUUAA